GGAUCGAGUGCUAGAGCUGGAGAGUAUUUUCCACGCCGUCAAAUUAUCACUACUUUAUCCUCUAUCCUCUAGUCUAUUUAGUGGGUUAUUCAAAUAACACUUUCAAUGCGAUUUUUUUCAUGUUCCGCUUUGCUCAACUAUUUUUUUUUGUUCUAUUCAGUGAAAGCUAAACUUUCUCCAUUAUUACGUGCAUUGUGCUUUUUAAAUGUAACAACAAAAAUUAUAUACAAAAAAACUAUUCACUACCUUUCACAGGCUUUAAGCGUUCUCGCAGGCGCGCAAAUGACCAUCAGUUCCACCUGGUUGACUGAGUAAAUUUAUUGCCAUUUAUCACCACGAGCCAUCACCCGAAGCGAGCGUUGGACCCGCCGAUUGACCCGCUCCAUUGUAGUUUCAGUUGACACUUUUCCAAGUGCGCACGGUCAAAAAUGUGGCGCCUACCGACGGUACUGCUGCUGGUGCACUGUCUCGCGGUGGUGCAUCUUUUGGGCUUUAAGUUUGUCAACCCGUGGCCACUGUGUCCAGCGAACGACAAACGGCUGCUCUCGCUGUUUAACCUGCUCUGCAACACAACACAAACAUCCACUGUGACCACGCGGGACGCCUGCUACGGAUGCUUCUUUAGGGCAGGGUCGCUCGCUGCCGGACCAACGCAGCUGGCCGCCAUCAGCCAGUGUGCUUCGCUGUAUCUCAUCAACACGAGCUAUGCCACCUGUGCAACGAAUCUGGCGGGCAUCGUUACUGGAUCGCGUCCCGUAAUCGUUUCGCCCACCAGCGGCACCACUGUCGAUUGCUAUUCCGGGCAUUGCGAGUUCGUCCAGUGCAUUAGAAGGAUAAAUGGGAACAUGCUGAUCAACCAGUGCAUUCUGCAAACGCUCGUCAAUCGAGACCUGAACGUGGAGGCACAGCGAGUCGGUUUCUACGUCAACACAACGUCCUGCAUACUGGCCAGGGCUAGAUGCGAUCCGUACAACCCGAUCACGGGCCAGCUACAGCAGCCGCUAAACGUGCCUGCGGGCACAACCGGAAGGACGGGAUCGAACUCGCUCCAAAUUUCACCGACCGGCGACAUACGUAUCGUUUCAUUUCCGGUGAAAGUAGCCGUUGGAGAUGCGUUCUGCACGUCACGAACGAUGCUCGAUCAGUCAACGUUCGGGAAUUCCAUUUGCUAGCUCGAUGUUGGAGCGAUGAAUCAACUCUCAUUUUUGGAGGAGUUUACUCAAUUUUUAAUUAUAUUCGCAUUAUAUUUUAAGCAUUUUUAAUAAAAAGGUAGAAUUACACCCCAUUACAUCGAUAAAUUUCCGCCGUACCACGUG